AUUGGCCUUCAUAUUGGUUAGUCGCAGUGGUUAAAGAACGUUUGGUUCAGUAUUCAGUAGUGCUGCGACAACGAUAGCGGUAGUGUUAAUGAUGAAUGAAUAAAUCAUUUAAUAUAAGAGACAUAUUAGUUCUGUCAAUAUUUAAUAUUUUAUGUGUAUAAUUUAAAAAUAUGAAGCAUGAGGUAAAAAAGAAAUAAGUAUCGCGUAAAUUAAUAAUUUACGUUAAUCAUUAAACUGAUUUGUUGCAUUGAGGUUUCAUGUACUUAAAAUUGCUGAAUUCCUGGGAAAUAUGGAUAUGUUUGGUCUUCAUCAAUUCGUUGCAGCACCAAUAAAAAAUCUUUUUCGAUUUCAACGCAUUAAAGAUAGAAUUAAAACUUUGCAUGCAUUGGAAAUUUUAAUUGGGCCUAUUUAAAUGAAAUGCAUUGCUAUUCUGCUUAUAAGUGGACAAAGAAGUAAUUUCAUCAAGUAAUGUUAUCUAUAGAAGAUCCAAUUUGUAUGGAUACUGAACUAUUAAAUCUUUACAAUGUUUUGGAAUAUAUGGAACGUGUAUUAUCAUCAAAUAAUAAAAUGGAUGAAUCCUCCAGCAUGUAGUAACGAAGCAUAUAUACCUACUUCUGUAGAACACAUGGCAAAUGUAGCUACUCAUGGGAUUUGGGUUGUACCAUCAGUUAUAGGUAGCUUGGAAUUGGUUCGCCGCUCUAUGACAUGGACCCAAUUGGUAUCAGCUUAUGUAUAUGGCACAUCCUUGAUUCUUAUUUUUACGGUCUCAACAUUUUUCCAUAGUGUACAUUACUGCAAUAAUAACAGACACCUUAAAGAAACACUUCAUCGUUGUGAUCGUGCCAUGAUUUACAUUUUUAUUGCUGCUAGUUAUUUUCCUUGGUUAAAUGUAGAUCACUUCCCAAAUGAUGAAUUAUUAUUUACAAUGCGUUAUGCUGUUUGGAUUAUGGCAAUAUUGGGUAUACUGUAUCAACAAAUCUUCCAUGAACAAUAUAAAAUGUUAGAAACAAUUUUUUAUUUAAUUAUAGGAAUUGGUCCUAGUUAUGCAAUUAUUAAUGCGUAUCAUCAAUAUAACAUUACUGAAUUAAAAUUGGGAGGACUGUUUUAUAUUUUUGGUAUUGCGUUUUUUAAAUCUGAUGGAAGAAUACCAUGUGCACAUGCAAUUUGGCACCUUUUUGUUGCUGUAGCAGCUGGUUUUCAUUAUUAUGCCAUACUAAAUCAUGUCUUUCCUGCAGUCUGUCUUUCAGAUAAUUUUAUGACAGCAGAUGUAUCAUCAUUACCAAAACUGUUAAAAUCUCAUAUUGAAGAGUUAUAAAAUCGAAUUUUUUAUUA